AUGCUGUUCCUGAAUUUCCUAAUCCUCUGCGCCAUCCACUUCUUCAUCAUGCUGAAGCACACGGCAUUUGCUAAAAAUGUGAAUUUCCAUAAUGUGAGACCGCCUGCAGAUUCUACCCCAUUUCCAAACAGCUUCAAGUGCUUUACAUGUGAGAAAUCCAGUGACAAUUACAACUGCAACAGAUGGGCGGAGGACAAGUGGUGUCCACCAAAUACACAUUACUGUAAAACAGUGCACCACUUCACAAGCCAUGGCAAAAGUAAAUGCGUCACCAAAAAAUGUGCCACACGGGAAGAGUGUCACAAUGUGGGAUGUCACCAUCAUUGGGACUCUGGACAUACGGAAUGCAUUUCCUGUUGUGAUGGUAUGAUCUGCAAUGUGGAUGUUCCAACAAACCAUACAAAUGCCAUCUUUAAUGUCCUGCGCUCUCAUCGGAAAUCAGAUGCCCACAGGGUGACAGCACUCAUACCUACCAUGCUAUUGGCCAUAUGGAUCCUCCUCAUCCUUUAGCACCAUGUUUGUUGGUGUCAUGAAACUAACUUUUGUUUAUCAUGAAUGGGAGGCCUUCUACAGGCAUUUCUGGAAUCACAGAUGAAUUAUCUGUAGUAAGUUAUUGAAAGGACAGUAAAGGACUCUUGCCUGAAGGCAGAAAUAUGGCAAAAACGUCAUAGACAGCAUUGGACUGUGAAUAAGUGAGCUCUUAAUGUAUUUUCCUUAUAGUAAAGUAUACUUGUAUAUGUCGCUGAUUUCCAUGUUGUAUGGAAACGUAUUUGAUGCAACGCCUGGUGUUUUAAUCCAGGGAUAAAGACAAUCAACUGUGCUACUUUAGAAGACGAGAAUUUGUUAUUUUAGUGUCUGUGAUUGCUGCAAAGCCAAACCACAAGUAAUCCUCGUCUUUGCUUGACG